CCCACUCUUGUGGCGCUGUGUCGCCAAACUUUUAGGUGUUGGCUUCGAGCCUCCUCCUCGCGUAUUCAGCCGCUUCGCGGCAGAUGGCAAGUCCACGAUACCGAGUUAAGGUAACCGAGAAAUCAACGUUCCGUGCAUCCGAGCCUAGUUCCUUACCGCAGACGCGGCGUGAAGACACUUUUGGCCCAAAUUGCUAUUGCCCAGCACUUUCGAGGCUCCGGUCAGGACAGAAGCCCGUCUGUUCACGAUAUCGUCAUUCGCAUUUGGCUGGCGUCAUGUUAAGCACCGUUAUUGGAAGCAUGCGGGGGCAUGCCUUAUCGCGGGGACAAGUCCGGAACCCCAUUGCUCGGGCCCAGAGAUCUGUCACGAAAUUAAGGCGGGUGCUGCGGUCCAGAUCCGACAAGCCAUGCGGAAAAGGUCGACACGUCGUCUCCGGCUGCGUGGUCCACGGGGUGACACAGACGAAUCCCAGCACCUCUCCGCUAUCGGGGCCGCGCCGAGACCGCGAACGUGCUGCGAAGAGCACACCGCAACGGCGUCGCCGCGCCAGAGCACAGCUGUGCUGUUCCCCUGGACAGCCCUUGCCCGCUAGCGUGUUGGUCCCACAGAAAGAAUUGCCCGAGAAGUGCAUCGAGUUGUUUCUGAUUGGGCAGAAGGGCCACAGCCCCUGCCCCUAGUGCUCAAUGUACCCUAAAGUCGCUGUACUUGUGCCCUCGUCAAGCCCGGGCACUGAAACUGGCCUCGUCGAGCACUCGCCGAAUAUGCGGAGCAUCAGAUAAGAGUUACGUCUAAAUAACGCAGGAUUCCGGAGAGAACCGGAAUGCGUUUUCUUUCUUUUUAAAUGAGCGUAUCUCAUGAUGAUGUCUUUGACUAGAUCCUCCUCGAGCGGUUUCCAAGAAAAUCCACGGCGCAAGCAGGUCGGGGAGGGGUGCAAAAG